UUGUCAACAGUGAUACCUAUCAUUUAGGGAAAUGAUUUUUUGUUGAAAGUAACAGCCUGGCUAUUUUUGUUAAGAAAACAAUCAUUUUCAAAUUCCCGUCUACCUAUUAGUUAUUUUGCACAUUUAUUUUAUAAUAUUCUUCUGUGUUUGCUCUUCAUUUAUCGGGUGAAUUUUCUCUAUUGUGAAUUGUUUGAUGUGGKCUAAGUGUGAGUUGUGAGUCGUCUGAGCGUAACUCGUCCAACUUAUUAUAGAUGCCAUACCGAGAUUGUGAAUGAUCUACUGCAUGUGUUUGAUUAGUUAUGUUAAAAGUAACAGGUACUGUUUAGCGUAAAUUAAACUAAUCUAAACAGUUCAAAUAAAAUCCAGGCAAAUYUUCACGUUAUAAUAUUUCACCUGUAACAGAUAAAGAUCAUGAAAAGGGUAGAAGAUCAAAAAAUGAGCCGAUACGGACGUGUAUCAAAUAAAAGGAAAUUUAAUGAAGAGCUUGACUUGUCACUGGGUGAGUCCUACCGAAAAAUAAAUUUUAUAUUGAACAAAAAAAGCAAUGGAAAAUCCUCUUCAACAGCUGCAAUUAAUAACAUAAGUAAUGGCAAAAGGACUUCAUAUAACGUUGGUGACAUGGUGUGGGCUAAGACAGGGAAGUAUCCAGUAUGGCCAGGAAUCGUAAUCACAGACCCGGAAACAAAUAAGUUUUCUAAAAAUGAGAAUAUGAUACCCAUGUUGCAUAUUUAUUAUUGUAAUGAUGCUUAUAAAAGAAAUUGGAUUAAAUUGAAACAAAUCACAAAAUUCUCUGGUAAAGAAGAAAUAUUAAACGAAAUUCCCAAAAUAAAUACUCAGAUUUCUCGCGGUAAAUUGAAAAUCAAAUGGAAUCAAGCUGUGGAGGAAGCUGAAUAUUUAGCAGCAAUGGAUAAAGAUCAGCGUAUAAGUUCAUUUUUUGCUAACAAGUUUUUAGCAUCUAAUUCACCAUUGAUCAAUAAGGCUGAGUCAACCACUGAACAGAAUACUCCUAGCAAGCAACCUGCUAUCUUAGAGAACAAUUUUAAUGGUAAUCAACAAAUUGAGUCUAAUCACAAUGAGCAGACAUUGUUGAAUAACGAUUCAAAAGAUCACCCCCGUMAUUUAAUUCCCGAGCUAUGCCGACAAUUCUAUGCCAACGGCUGGGUUACUGGAACAGGUGGUGGCAUCAGCAUUAAAUACAAUGACCAUAUUUUUAUUGCACCAUCUGGUGUUCAAAAAGAAAGAAUUGAGCCCGAUGAUUUAUUUGUUCAAAACCUGAAAGGUGAGGAUAUUAUGGUUCCAAAUGCUGAAAAAAACCUAUCAAAAAGCCAGUGCACUCCCAUAUUUAUGUGUUCUUAUAAUGAGCGUAAUGCAGGAGCUGUGAUACAUGUACAUUCAAAAGAAGUAGUCAAAUUAUGUUUGUUAAAUCCGGAAAAUGAAGUUAAGAUUACUGGUUUAGAAAUGAUUAAAGGAAUUUUCAAUGAAAAAACAGGAAAAUUUUAUGAUAAUGAUGAAGAGCUUAUCAUACCAAUUAUUGAGAAUUCAAAGUACGAGAAAGAUUUAGUUGACACUUUUAAAAUGGCUCUGAAAAAAUACCCCAGCACUUCUGCAGUUUUGGUCCGCAACCAUGGAAUGUAUGUCUGGGGCAUCAAUUGGAAAUCAGCAAAGACACAGCUUGAGUGCUACGAAUAUUUGUUCCAAAUAACAAUUUUCAAGAAGAUACACAAUGUUUAAUUAAAUUAUUCUCGUACUUGUAGACUUUAUCCUAUUGGAAAACAAUUGGGCGUUUUCCAGACUAUUGAGGAAGAACUCACUUAUUUAAUUAUUUUAAAACUAAAUCUAUUUGUGUAUUAUUUCAUAAUGAAAAGGUCAUUUUAUAAAA